GGGCGCGGCAUCUUUAAAAUUCUCAAGAAAAACACACAACCCGCUCAGACAAAAUUGCGAAAAGAGAAGGACUAGCAGUCUUACUUUUGGAGAGCCGCUUGAUCAGAUGUAGUACUUCGUGGGGUUGCCCUGUCUGUUCUCUGCCUGCGAGUCAGGCUGAAUCCGAGUCACGUGACAGUUGCCCGAGGCAGAGAUUGAGAGAAAAGCGCUUCAUUCCUUCUUCCACCGCCAUACUGUAUUUUAUACUAAAUCUCAUUUUUAUUCCAACAUUUUACUCCCGCUCGGUGAGUACAUUUUCAAUGACAUUUUUAAAACAUUUUUGUCUUUUUAUUUUUUCUUAUUUUGCUGGUGUUAAAAAUGAGAAUUGAAGUAUGGUUGUGAGCAUUUUUCUUACAGAAUCCAAGUUUUCAGCAGGCAGUGAUUCCGGAUCAUGGUUUUCACAGUGUCUGUGUGACUCAGUGGCGACAGUCACUGAAAAAUACUUGCAGUCCUUAAAAAUAUGCAACUGGUUUUUAAACAAGCGGGUGGCAGUUUUAUUUUUUAAAGCAUGUCUACUUUUGUUUUUUAAAGAUUUUUCUUUUUCGUGUUCUGACUUUUGCUGUAGCUGUGAUUUGCUGUAUUUGCUGUGUUUGUUUCACAGAGUUUUGGGAUUUUGCGAGCUCAGUGCGAGUCAUUGGAGCAAGCAUCUGCUUUUAUUUCAUUCCUGCUUUCCAUUGAGAAUUAUUUUUAACCUGCUGAUAUUUUAACGUUGAAACUUUUCUUGCAGCUUAUUGAUCACAGGUUUUUUUUUUUCCUUUUCAUUUUUGAAUUCUUAGUACUUUUGCAUAUUUGAGAAUGUUUUUGAAGAUGCACAUUUUUGCAUUAGUUAUACAGUGGCUGUGGAAGGUUUCUUGUGGGUGGGGGUGGGAAGAAGUGCGUUUUUUUGGUUUCCUUGUCAACGAAGACGAUAUGAACAGCUGAGCCCCGUCGCAGGAAAACAAGUGAAGGACAAUGACUGGCAAGACCCAGACCAGCAAUGUCACCAACAAGAAUGACCCCAGAUCCAUCAACUCCAGGGUUUUCAUUGGAAAUCUCAACACAGCGAUAGUAAAAAAAGCUGACAUUGAAGCUAUAUUUGCCAAGUAUGGGAGAAUAGUUGGCUGCUCGGUACACAAAGGAUAUGCAUUUGUUCAGUACAUGAGUGAAAGAAAUGCACGGGCUGCGGUUGCAGGGGAGAAUGCAAGAAUCAUUGCAGGACAGCCACUCGACACAUCCUUACCUGUCCCUGCUUUGAGAGUCUCUGAUACCCCUAGGAAUGCAUGCUUUUUUAAAGAUAUCAAUAUGGCUGGUGAACCAAAACCCUACAGACCAAAAGCUGGAUCCAAGAGACCUCUCUCUGCCCUUUAUAGUGGUUAUGAAUUUGAUUAUGACUACUACAGAGAUGAUUUCUACAAUCGGCUAUUUGAUUACCACGGCCGUGUACCGGCUCCUCCCCGAGCGGUGAUCCCAUUGAAGCGGGCUCGGAUGACAGUGCCCUCCACACGCAGAGGCAAAAGCACCUUCCCCAUAAAAGGGGCAUCAAGAUCAAUGACAGGCUCCUCGUCGUCAGGACCCAAAUUAAAAUCAGAUGAGCUGCAGACAAUCAAAAAGGAACUGACGCAAAUUAAAACAAAAAUUGAUUCCCUGCUGGGCAGACUGGAUAAGAUUGAGAAGCAGCAGAGAGCAGAAACUGAUGUUCAAAGAAAAUAUGAAGUUACCACAGGGUCUCUUCAUGAAGAAUCCAUAUCUGAGAAUGCAGACAACUCUACAGAGGAGCCAGAUGAAGGAGGUCUUGAUGCUGACGGGGAUGAAAUGACUGAUGGGAUAGAGGAGGAUUAUGAUGAAGAAGGCAGUAAUGAUCUGAUAGAGAACCAUUUAUCAGUCAUAGAUGACACCAGCAAUUGAUACAAAGUACGGUAAAACAAGCAGAAGAUGCCAAACAGCCCAGAAUCAUCUGCAGAGAAAACAAUGAGAAUGUGCACGAUGAAAAGGGACCCAACUUCCUACGCGAGAAAUGAGGACGACUGCUGCAGAUCUAAUACCAGUAUUCUGAAAGAUGUGGUAAUUCGUUCACCCAAAUAAUAUCCACCUAAAAAGAGCUUCUUCAAAUAGCAGAUUAAAUGUGAAUAAUCAAAUUCAGAAUUUGGAAUUACCACUAAUACAGUCGCUUGGACGUGAUCUACAUCUGAUAUUGUCACUACUGUUUCUUUGUCCUGGAUUACUGGACACCAAAAUGUUUGUCUUCAUUUUCCGUAUAGUAGUCAGUAGAAAGCUAUAAUUGGUUUUGUUAGUUAUUUCUGUAUAAUACUGUACACAAGAAAGGUAAGAAAUAUGACAAUUAGCACGGAGAAUUAAAAAUGCAGUUGGAAGAUAAUACCACAUUUAUCAAUCCUUGGUUUUUUUCUUCUGUUGCCUAUCCUGUGAUGUUUUAAGAGGUUGUUAUGUAAUAGUACGUUUGUAAAACACCUGGGCCGGUAAAAGUCCAAUGAAAGGAUAUGGUGAUUUAUAUUGAAAUCCUGACAGUAUUUUAUAGAAAUGUAAAAUAAUUGUAAAGCUAUUUUUAUGACUGGCAUGUUUUGUCAUUGAUCUUUAUUUCAGAUUGAUGAUUGUGUGGCUUCUGCUUUUGUUGAGUAACACAGAACAGAUUCACAAAGCAGUUUAAUACUGCAUUCAGUAGAAUUCGUGUUACUAGUGUAUUGGGUGCAGUGUGUUACAUGUUAUCAAGAGUACUAUCCAAUAUAAACCAUGGAACACUGACAACAAAAAGUACCAGCUGAUUCCCUGGCAUAAAAAUGAAUGUAUACAAUAUUUUUAAUAGAAAGUGGUGUAAUGUAUAUUGAAUCAAAAAGUGAAACUUCCACUUAGGUCUUGUUGUCAAAAAAGUUCAUUCAGGUCACUGGGGUUCUCAAAAGGUUGACCAGGGGACCCCCAGAAGGUUCAAGAAACUUCUCUUUUGUAAAACACCAUAUACUUCAUGUGCGAAAAGUGGUCUUUCACUGUUAUGUUGAGAGAUAGAUUUGGUAUAAUACUCACAGACAUUAUACAUUACAUAUUAAAUUGCACAAUAGUUUGGUUUUUCCUUGUUGUUUGUGAUUUGCUUUAUUGAUUUGCCACCCCCCCCCCCCCCCAAAAAAAAAAAAAAAACAGUAUAGAGAACCUGAAUUAAUUAGUUUUCCAUGAGAUGUCUAGAAAAUGCCUCUUGUUUUAACUAAUCAGUUGGUUUUCAUAGCAUUUCAUUUAACAAAAAGAAUGAUUCAGACCAUUUUUCCUUUGGAGACCUGGGUAAUGUGGAUUGUUUCAAAUGUCACCCCACUAAGAAGUUAUACUUUUACUCAGAUUGUAUUAUUGAGGGUUUUAAAAUAGUGUAUGGAGCAAAUAUGUGAAGGUUAACAAAAUAGUUUUCAUUAUGCUUCAUAAUUUGUGUAUAAAUAUAUAUUUUAGCAACGGUUAUUAUCCAGACAUAUCUUUACAGUAUAGUAACAAUCCAAUAGCAUAAGUUCACAUACUGAAAUAUGACUGGUAACACGUUUAAAUAAUAAUAAUGCAAGGGUUGUUUUAUAAAAUUAGGCAGUUAUUACUAACAGGUUAUAGCAAUACAGUGCUAUAAUGACAUGUACAUAAGGAAUUAAAAGAAACAUUUUAAUUACUUUGUUCCAUAAAAAGCUAUUCUAAUAAACUGUUAAUCCUUAUGUCAAAACCUUUAAUAACACAUUUAGUUUCAAAUCAAGUGAGGUUAGAUAACUCACUUUGUCACCACAUAAAAGCAGCCCUGUUUGUUCGUUGUGUGUCAGCAGCAGGAAGGCUUGGCACCCCAGUUCUAUCUCACCAGCACUAGUGAAUACUCAAAAGGAUUCUAAAAAAAUAAAAAAGAUACCCCAAAUGUCUUGUUUGUUUAUUCAAUUACACAACAUUUUACUGCUCAGUUAGAAGGGAUGACUGAUUAAAACAACGUUAAGCCUGUGUACAGGGUUGGGAAAUAAAAUGUUUGAUUUUAAUGGCGGUAAAAGAGACUGUUGUUAGAAGAAUACAAACAGCAGGUAAGAAAUAUACAGUGUUCAGAUCUACCUCAGUAACAGAGCAUAUGUAAAUCAAUACAGUGUCACCGGAUAUAACCUGAGCUUUCAAUAUCUGUUGCCCUUCAUUGCAUGAACUAUCAUACUUUAAUAUCGGGGGUAUUAGGAGGUGACUGCUUACUCUGGUUCCUAAAUAUUUUAUUUGUUAGCCUCUUGUUCUGUGUAUAUUUAAAAUAAACUAAACAAAAAAAAAAGGAAAAUAUUUGUUGUGUUUUGUGUGAAACACACACGACUCCUCCGAAUGUCCUGGCUGAUUUAUUAAAGUGGUUGGAGCUGCACUUCUAUUCACUGUAUGGGUCUCCGGUGUGCAGUUUCAAUAGAAACAUGCAAUAUUACAAACAUGAGUUCGUAUUUUAAAAUGUGCCAUUAAAAGGUGUCUGCCGAUUUCUUUCAUAGCUGCACAUCUCAGUAUAUAAUGAAGAGAUAAACAUGGGACUAUUUUGUUAGCUGCAGGAUACUUUCACAUGUCACUGCCAAUAUUGAAUCAUGUGAUCGUAGGACUUUCAGGAAGUGAAACCCCAUAGCUGGUGCCACCUACACAGCAGAACAUCCCAUGACCAGGAUGGGAAGAAUUUCUAAUGUGGAAGUUUCGGUCCACUAGUGCAAGAGGUAGCAGAAAUUCAUAGCAUGCUGCAGUAGAGUCAACAGGAAUCAUCAAUGGGAUGUUGCCAAAAUUAUGUGGCAUUCUUUACAUUCCAGUCUUCCAUCGUCAGAAUGGGGACCAUUCUAUCCU